AUGGCCUCGGCCGCCUCGGCCGCCUCGGCCGCCUCGGCCUCGGCGGCUUCGGCGUCGGCCUCGGGUUUCGGGUCUUCGUCGGCUGCGCCUGGCGGCAGGAUCCAGAACGUGCCGCCGGCAGCUAUCGCCUUGCAAGCAAGUCUCGCUUCAAGCGAUGCGGCUGCUUGCAAUGCCCCACUCACGAACGUGAGGGCGUGGGCCAACACGGCGGGUUUCAUGUUUACGGCUCGACGUGCGAAGCCGAAACGAGACAGCUACUCAGGCAUCGUGGCCAUGUUGGAUGACUUCUUUCCCGUGAGUUGUGUUUUGAGGAAGCAUGGCUGCUGGCCAAAGAAGAAGCGGCAAAGUGGAUGA